CCUCGUCCUCCGGCCCCAACCUCCCCUCUCCAUCUCCGGUCCUCCCCUCGCCCCCUCUCUCCCCCAGAUCUCCACGGCGAGCCCCCCCUACGCCCGCAGAGAUGUCAGCUAGCAGCACGCCGGUGGACGCCUCGGGGGAGCCGAUCCCGACGUCAUCGGUGCUGAUGGCGGCGUCCAAGCACAUCGCCGUGCGGUGCCGGCCGGAGAACGUGGCCUUCCUCAACUGCAAGAAGAAGGACCCCAACCCCGAGAAGUGCCUCGAGAAGGGCCGCCAGGUCACGCGCUGCGUCUUCAACCUCUUGAAAGAACUUCACCAAAAGUGCCCCAAGGAGAUGGACGCCUACGCCGGCUGCAUGUACUACUACACAAACGAGUUCGACUUCUGCCGCAAGGAGCAGGAGGCCUUUGAGGGCGCGUGCCCCAUAUCCGAGUAGCCAGCCCCCUUGAGAUUAAUACCGCAAGUGAUCAUCUUCUUCAGAAAUAAGGAGAAAAGCCGGCAAAACAAGUUCAUGAUCUCCCAUCUUUAUUGUACUCACAGGAUUUCUAUGGGUGAAUGUUAUUGAGCUGCUCAUCCCCAUUUACCUGUCUUUCUUGCCCAAUCAACAUCAGUGUUUUGAGUUGGAUGCCAAAGUUGACUCAGUUGUAGUCCUAAGAUGAUGAAUUGAUGAUG